AUGUCUAAAGUUGAUAAUGACACAUCCUUAGCCCCAAAUCUCUUAAUAUCGAUGUGGGUUCUUUUAGAGGGCAAACCAAGUUCCGUGGAAAUUCAUAUUAAGCCAAGCAAUUUUAUAUUACAAAGUCCUAAUUUAAAUAACUUUAAGAAAAUUCUUAAGCAAGAAUUUGAGGCUUUUAAAGAUGUAAGACUGGAGAAUAUUGAAUUUUUCUCCGAUAAGGAUCGAACACAAACUCGUUUCGGUGGUGUGUUGCUAGCGGACCUUGUUACAACUGAUUCAUGCCCACUUAUCGUUCGAUACCUGCUGUCCACGUCGAGUAAUGUUAUAAGAAAUUUCAGUAAAUUAUCAAAAUUCGAAAAUGCAAAAGUGGAUGACCUCUAUUUUGAAAUCUCUGAAGGUAAUGAAGAAAAUCUUGAGAACAAGUUUCAAUUUAAUGAGCUCAUAGAUCAGAUCGAAGAAAAGGAGAAAAGACGAGUUCUUCCUGACCUUAAAGUCCAAAUUAAAAAUAAAAAACCUUAUAAUGAAUGGGACAUCAGAGAUGUAUUCACAAAUAUUUUGCAUCAAGAUUAUAAUGGAUCACUUGGCCAAGCAUUUAAUUUAGAUGAACUUCCAAAUUACAAUUCAAUUACCGUAGAGGAGAUGAAAUUCUUUGUUGAAAAGAUCAAAAAAAUGAUGAAAACCGCAGUUAAUCACAUUCAAAUGUUUACGAACAAUUUAGCACAAUUAUACGUAGAAGCUAAUCUUUAUGGAUCUAAAAGGUAUGGUCCCGUGGACUAUUUAGUGAAACUUGAUGAUUUUGCGGUGCUAGUCAAUGAGGCCAAAUCGGAAGAUUUAACUAAGAGAAUAGCCCAAAACAUUAUGCAAUUGCACAGUGCAUCAGAGAGUUUAUUAGGCAAGCGUAAGUUAGAACAGACAGAAUUUGAAUCAUCGCAACAACAAUUGUUUGGAAUUGUAACAACUGGGGUUUCUUGGUAUUUCAUUCACUGGACUGGUUCUCCGGAAAACCCUAAAGUUGAAAUCUCUCGCCAACAUAAUUGUGGUUUUGAAGAGGAGAUGCAGAGUGAAAAAAAUGUAGUUUUUUAUAUUGUUUGUAUACUAGAAAAUCAAGAUGAUAUGUUAAAAAAUAACCCAAAACAU